AGGAAACAAAACUGUCCAGGUUUUAAAUAGCAUGUGAUUUUAAUAAUAUGUGGUCUUUCCAGUUCUAGAUACAACCAUGCAUGAUUCAGUAGUUUGAACUUUUGUUUGGAUGUAUGGUAUGACGAUCUCGAAACGGGAGGCGGGAAGGUCCUGGAGCGCUCGCGCUGCAGUUCACCAAUGAGGCGCGCGCCUCGAAACUACCCGCCACUUUGAGCGCGCUCGAGCGGAAUUACGGCAGCGACCGCACACGCAGUGUGUCCGUGUGUACAAACAUGAGGGGAUUAUCAUCCGUGAGACGAGCAGUGUGUGCGAAUGUGCAGGAACGCGACGGAGACAAAUAGAGACAAAUGUGCGGCACGUUGCGUGUCUCGUCUAGCCCGGUUUCUGGCUGACUACAAACUGUCCUCCUCGGUGUCUCGAGAGAAAUAACAGCAGCCAUGGAGAAGCAGCGCGAGCAGCAAGUGAAGGGGACAUCGCGGAAAUCCAAGGCCACUAAGCACAAGGAUAAAAAGCGAGCCGCUGGGAAAGCGUUCCGUAAGAAGUCGUUCAAAUCAGUCGGGACUUUCGUGGCGAAGAUUUUCAAAAGUUUAGGUGCCUGGACUCACGGCAGAGACGCGGCCGAGCCGCUGGACGCAGAGGACGAUGACGGCGGAUUCCGGGUUGGAGCGCCUUGUACGAAUUUAGCGAACGUGAAAGAAGACGAGAGGGAGCGUGGAGUGAAAAUGUCCACGCUUCAGUCGCGCGCUUCACUGAAAGAGCGGCUUUCAUUGUCUUAUGGUGAUAAGACUCCCGGGGUUUUGGGGCUGAAGAACCACGGGAACACCUGCUUCAUGAACGCGGUAGUGCAGUGCCUGAGCAACACCGACCUGCUGGCUGAGUACCUCGGAUUGGAGCAUUAUAAGAUGGAUAUUGGUGAAAACACGAUGAAUCACGUGAAGAAAGUGAGGAGUGAAGACGCGCAGCUCGCGCCGGGAGAGGUGACUGAGCAGCUGGCGGCGCUCGUGAGGGCGCUCUGGACGCUGGACUACACUCCUCAACUCUCAGUGGAGUUUAAGACGAUUGUGUCCAAGUAUGGCUCUCAGUUCCGAGGGAAUUCCCAACACGAUGCUCUGGAGUUCCUGCUGUGGCUGCUUGACCGCAUCCAUGAAGACGUCAACUCCUCAUUAUCGUCCCCAUAUGGAAAAGACAGGAUCAAAACCAGUGGAAAGGAUAUUGCAGGAGGGGAGGAAUUAGCUAACUCUGAGCUUCCAGAUCAGCAGCCUGGUGUACGUCACAGCUUUGUACAGGAGCACUUCCAGGCCCAGUACAAGUCAUCUCUGACAUGUCCUCAUUGCCUUAAGCAGAGUCACACCUUUGAUCCAUUCCUUUGCAUCUCUCUUCCCAUCCCUUUGCGUCAGACCAGGCCAGUGUGUGUAACUCUGGUGUUCAGCACUAAAGGGCAGAGGUACUUAAGAGUGGGACUGGCUGUGCCUUUAUUCGGCUCUCUGGCCUGUCUGCGCAGAAUGGUGGCAGAUGAGGGAAAGAUUUCCCCGGACCAAGUGAUUUUGAGUGAAAUUUACACGACUGGUUUCCAGCGCUCUUUUUUUGAUGAUGAUGACUUGACCAGCAUCGCAGAAAAUGACGUCAUUUAUGCCUUCCAAGCCCCGCCCCUUUACAUCCGGGGAGGAUCCACUAGAAUAUCAGGCUACCACCACAGUCUCCCUUCUUCACCGUACUCAUCGUCUGGGCCCGAGGCUCAGAGACUGGCUGCAUCCGGGGCACUCUCCUCCGAGUUCCUCAACCAUGGAGGCGGAACAACAAAGAUUCUAAUGCUGGUGUGUAACGCAGCUGGAGCAGGCCAACAAGCUGUGAGGUUUGGACCACCGUUCCUGAUGAGAGAGGACAGGUCAGUGUCAUGGGAUCAGCUGCAGCAGAGCAUCCUCAGUAAACUCUACUAUCUGAUGAUCAGUGGAGCACAGCCACAGAAUAACAGAGUCCUGUUUAAGAUACGUGUUGUUGGGGGAUCAGUGUCCUGUAGCUACUUGAAUCCGCAGGAUGGACGUCCGCUUUACCAUCCCGCAGUAGACAGAGCUCUAAAGCUGUGUGGCUCUGGUGGUCCUCCACAUGUGAAGCUGAUUGUGGAGUGGGAACACAGAAUAAAAGACUGUCUCUUUGGUAACAUCCAGGAGGAGGUGGUGAAGGAUUGUGAGAGUGUACGUGCCCAGCAGCAGCAGCAUGUUCAGCAACAUAGCUGCACACUGGACGAAUGCUUUCAACUUUAUACUAAAGAGGAGCAGCUAGCUCCAGACGACGCAUGGAAGUGUCCUCAUUGCAAGCAGCUGCAGCAAGGCAUGGUUCAGAUGAGUCUGUGGACACUCCCAGACAUCCUCAUCCUCCACCUCAAGCGUUUCAGGCAGGUGGGCGAGCGACGAAACAAGCUCUCCACUCUCGUACGCUUCCCGCUCACAGCCCUGGACAUGGCACCCCACAUGGUCAAGAGGAGUAACUGCACCCGCCUGCCUUCCGCAUGGAAACAGCAGCUUCAUCAAAGGACUGAAACAGGCCAACAUCCUGAGGACUUCCUGUAUGACCUAUACGCAGUGUGUAACCAUCAUGGAGGCAUGCAUGGAGGUCACUACACAGCAUACUGCAGGAAUUCAGUGGAUGGCCAGUGGUAUGGUUAUGAUGAUAGCAGCGUAGAGCUGGUGCCUGAGGGUGAAGUGUGUACCCGCGAGGCAUAUAUCCUCUUUUACCAGAGACGCAACAGCAUUCCUGCAUGGUCAGCCAGCUGCUCGCUCCGAGGCUCUACAAGCUCCUCCGUGUCUAAUCACUGGCUCGUCCGUUUGACGUCUAUUUCAGAAGAAAGCCAAACCUUGAGUCCCACGACCAAGACCUCCUCAGCUCCUGAACCUCAAACGCCAACUUCCCCUGUUUUCUAUGAGCAGCCAAAAGGAGAUGCUGAUGGAUUUGGGUCGAGACCAUUUGUCCGUGGCACCCAAGGCCGUAGCGUAAGCCUGCGUUCACCCACCAAGAACAAGGAGAACCUGGCCAAAGUGCUUCCUCUACGCUGGUCUUUUGGUUCCAAGGACCGCAAGAAAGUCACCUCUGUCCCUCAGACCACACCACUGCAGUCUGGAGAACUGGUGGAGUACCUGGAGUCCGGACGGAGGCCACGGUGCACCAAAGAGCCCAUAGUGAGCCUGGUGGCUAGUCCUGCUCAAAGUAAAGCCCAGCUUCCUGUGGAAGACUCGCUCAGCUCGCCUAGUGGUAGCAGCGGCUUUAGUGGAGCGGAGCGUGGAAGUUGUCGUGAGCCAGACUCGCCUCGAGUACCUGAAGGCCAGAGCAGACCAGCUUCAGACAGAGGCACUACUAAGGGCAGAGAUGAAGGUUUACUAACCAGGAGGACAUCAAAGAGGAGACAGGAGCAACACGGAAAGAAUCAAGACGGUCAGUCCCGUCGGGAAUCCACUGCUGGGCAUCAGCCUGGGACUAGCACAGCUCAAAGUUUUGCGAACAGCACAAGUGAAAGCAAAAAUUCCACAUUAAAGCAACACUGGAACCAGCCAGCUGGAGCUACCAGGACUUUGUGCAGUCAAAACCAGCAAGAUGAUGUUGCAGGGAGCAGGAAAGAGGAGACUCACGACAUCCCAGCAUUCCUUAUGCCAGGCAAUGUUAAGAAGGACAACCAGUCAAAGGACGUACGUGCCAAAGAAGCAGGUCAAGGAAGAACGCUAACAAAUAAGAGCUCAAACAAGCCGUCCGUGUCCAACGGCACUCCAAAUGGACUGGUAGCAGAGGCGAAAAAAGGCAAUGGCACCCACAGGAGCAGCAGUGCACGGUACUACAACAAGACUCUGAUCAAUGGAAGGGAAACCCACAGUGGUGGUGGUGGUGGGGAUAUUAAGCGAGCGCUGAGCUCUUCCAGCCUUCAAAGCAGACUGGAUCUGAAUCUGAGGAGGACAGUGUCCCUCCAGAGGAACGGGUUGCUGGUUCCUCCUCAGAAGGGACACACUGCUGAUAAACCGUCCUACAACACAUUGCAGAGGAACAAAUAUAGCACCACUUCACUAGGCAGACAGAGACCAGUGCCCGAGUCCUGCUUCUGAUAUCAGGAAAGCUGAAGCACGUGAGUGUCUGGUUUAGGUGAAAAAUCAUUCCAGUCUGAGUGCCUCCCCUGAAGAGAAGAUAUUUAGGGUACUUUCACAAAGGCUCCAGUUGAAGGCAAGAAAACAGAUACAAUAUUUUUACUAAGAACAAAAAAAAACGAAAUAGCGUUUUUAAACAACUCGUUUUAAAUUCUGUAACAAGACCAGUUAAUAAUGUGAUUAGUUUUAUAGAGCCCACAAAUGAACAAGAAUUUUAACUAGCUUAUUAUUUAUAAGUUAUCUCCAGACUUUCACAUAGCUUUUAGGUUAACAUACUGUCACAUGUUUGUAUUCAGCGUAUCAUCUCUGUGCUGUGGCUCUACACAUGAAAAGUAAUGGAAACAUGAAAAAAUCACACAAUAUGUAGUGUAAGGAAUGAAAACACAACAGGACGUGCCAUCAUAGCAAACUAAUCGACGAUGUAGAAUGCUGUUGGCUUCUAAGAGUUUUAUUUAUCUUAUACCACAGCAAUUUUCCAACAUUACAAUUCUUUAUUUAUUACAGAAAAACGCGUCAUACUUUUUAACAGUUUUAUAUUAAAUCGUUAUAUUUAAUGUUGUGGAACAUCCACAAAAAUUAGUUCAUUCCUGUUAUCACUUACGCAAAUGGCAGCUAUAAAUCGUCGUUCCCACACGUUAUCUCGAAAUGAAUAAGCUUGUUAAAGAGAAACCGUACAGAGCAAAGACUUUCCCACUGCACGUCGGACUGUUACACGGUGCUGACACUGGAGACUCCUUCCAUAAAUCUUUAUUAACAUCUACUGUACGUCCCCUGGAAUGAGCUGUUAUUAUAAGAACGAUAACGUAUUAGAACAAGCACAUUCAUAUAAACCUGUGAUCUGCCGUGCAGUCAGCACUACUGUCAGAGCCAUGCUGUUAAAGAAUAUUAAUCAAUAUCUUCUGAACAAUCAGAAUCGAUAACUCAAGAUAUAAUGUGAGCCAAUCGGGAGGGAUAAUAACCGCAGAUAAUGACAGAAAUGUCUCAAAUCACAUGAAAUCAAAUGUAAUUGCAGCCUUUUAGGUAACUUUGAUGUGCAGCUUUGUUAUCAAAACUAAGAAAUCCUAAUUAUUUUUGAAUCCUCCCCCGUUUAUUUUUAUCCAGAAUAAUGGUCAUCGGUAGGUUUGCAACACCAUACAAACCAAGACCCUGGAAUUGUAUGUUUCUAUGUGACGCUUCUGUGAUUUUCAGAUAUUCAUCCAUAAGGUCUUGACUAAAUAAGAUACAACUGAGAUUUAACCUUAUUUUUUUUAUGUUUAAGGAAUAUUUUGCUGUAAUAUUUCUCACAUAGUAUAUUCAGUGUCAUGUAAAUAACAUGUUUAUAAUAUUAACUCGUUUUUGCCAAAAAGCUCAGCUAGAACCCUACAUUCAUAAGGUUUAUAAUGUCAAUCAAGAGGUAGACCUACAGAUUUCGCAGGGAUUUGGUGCUGCAAAAAAACAACAGCCGCCAAAUUUCAUUAUAUGUGUGUAAUACAAACAAAACUACAGGUGUAAUAACUUUAGAAAGCCAACAUUAUAUUUUAUGUAAAACACUGAGAUGCAUUGAUACAGAUACUGGGAUCAAUUAUCAGAAUAAUACCAUGGUCAUUUAUUUAUACUCGUACAAAUGCUCCGAUACCAGUGUCUUAUACUGCGUUCUACUGUGUGACGUAAUCCUAGUGUAUGUUGCAGUGCUACUGAACAGACAACACGAAAUGACAAUGAAUGAUCAUCUUGUGAAUACUGUAUAUGUGAAAUUAUCAAGAGUACAACAGAAUCUUCCUGCGAUACAAGUAGCCUGAUAAAACACCUUGUGGCGUUUAAGCAGUAUCUCUAAUAGAGAGCGCGAGAACGGCCAACCUGGCAGUACCAGCAAGUGCCGUCAUUAAAAAUCGGCUGUAAAUCGUGCACACGACGGUGUAUACUUGCGUGUGAAGCAGUGAAGUGAGCGUGUAGAGAAACCGUCGCACAUGAGCGCACUUCAGUUCUGCGAGCACUGAGACACGCACACUUUCUUUCGUCUAGUUCUCCAGGGUUGACACUUGCUUGUGGCUCAGCACUUUGCACUUUUAAUGACCGCACUUGUUGAUACAGCUCUGCAUGCUCAAGCCAGCUGUUCUCAUGCUCUCUAUUAAGCAUACCAUUUUAACACCAUUAUACACUUUAUGACCAAAAGUAUGUGGACACAUGACCGUCACACCCAUACUGCAUGUGGGGUUCUUCCCCAAACUGUUGCUACAAAGUUGGAAGCACAGAAUUGUGUAGGGUGUCGUUGUAUGCUGUAGCUUUAUAAUUUCCCUUCACUGGAACUAAGAGGCCCAGACAUGUUCCAGCAUGACAAUGCCCCUGUGCACAAAUCGAACUCCAUGAAGACAUGGUUUGCCAAGGUUGGUGUGGAGGAACUCGAGUGGCCUGCACAGAGCCCUGACCUCAACCCCACUGAACACCACUGGGAGGAACUGGAAAGCCAAAUGUGCCCCAAGCCUCCUUACCUGACUUCACUAAUGUUUCUGAAUGAGCCACGCUCCUGUGGGGGAGGGGGGGGGGUACUUUACAAGUGCAUGUUCGGGGGUACUGAAUUUAUUCAGUUCUGUUUGUUUUGGUUGCUGCUUAAACAUUAAACUCAACACUAGCAGUUCAUUGGUAGCAGGAACCAACACAAACAAAACUGUACAAUAAAUUGUUCAGUGAUGCCUCUGCUUGAUCAAUACUAAGUAAGCUAUUCAUUUUGUUAUCAGUAUCGGUAUCAAGAAGUACCACGAACAUGCACUUGUUCUUGGCUGGGAAAAAAAAAGGUAUCAGUGUGUCCCUAGUAAAACGGAAGCAUUACAAUAUUUGUUCCGCUCUGAUUUAUUUGUUUUAAAUUGCACUUUAGCUUUGAUUUUCACAUAUAUCCGUGUAUAUCAUGUAUAUCUUGAUCUAUUUCUUAUAGCAUUUGUAACCUGAAAAAGCAUGUGAGGAACUAACCGCCCCUUUCACAAAACAUUUUCUGGUACUGUCUGUAUACAUGGUUUCAGACAAGCAAGGAUUUGGAAUAUGCUUCUUUGUCAAGCAGACCCUAAAAUAUUUCAAGUCUUUUUUUUUUUUUUUUAAUGCUUCAGGGAACUGCACAAUGGAAAUGAAUGCAGGAGUCAUGGUGUGCUCUGCAUUUUUUAGGUAAUAUUUUGUGGUUUUAAAUCAAAUAUCCACUCAGUUUUUUUUUUGUUUUUUUUUCUUUUCCCCCCAGAGCACAGCACUAGUUACUUUCCUAAUGUACACUAGUUGGAUCAACAAGCACUUGGUUUGUUCCUUGUAAAAUGUACCAUAAGUGAGAUACGUAUGCCAGAGAAGCUGAUAAGUAUGCAAUUAAAUCUACAACGUUUAUGCAAUUAAAUGCAGCAGAACAGAUCAAUUCUUAUAAAAACAGAAACAGCAGUCAGUGUCUAUUGGCAAAACAGCUCAAACUUUGAUUGUGAUAUUAUUUAAGUGCCUUUUUCUAGUGUUCAUGAAGGAGCACUGGUAUUAAUGUUUUAUAUAUAGACAUGUGCACACUCACAAAUGUGUUCUAGACGGAGUGCACGAUUGCAUAUGAUUCAUCACUAUAGUUAUUACACAGAUUGAAGAUUAUGGCACCAUAUACAGACCACACACACACACACAC